AGCCUGUUGCUCCACGUCAGCAUGUCCUGCUGCUGUCACGCUCUUCCUGGUGAACACGGCGCUGGCUUGAGGCGGAAGUUUGGAAAAUGACACAGUUUCCAGCGUGACGGAGGAACAGCGGCCGUGAGACUCGUGGGUUUGAGUGGAAACGUCACGCGACUUCUUUUGAAAACGGAAAGACACGAGGAAAGGCGACAUCAAAGCGAGUGGACGAUGCUGACACGCGCGAGCAGGUGAAUGACAGCCGUAUUAGUUGAGCACUGUGUCUGACAGCUAAAGUCGAAUCAGGAAGUAAAAUGAGGCUGAGGCUGCUCAGGAGGAACGUGCUCGCGCUCCUGGCAGUUCUUCUGGUUGUUGCCACCCUCCUACUCUCCACGCGCGUCCUGGUGGGCUCUGACAGUGACCCAGGAGGACCUGAAGGGCCCCAGCGCCCCGCUGACAUCAAGUUCAGCUUCAGCUCCCAGUCCGAGCUGUCCCAGUCCGUUUACAGAGCCAACCACAAGCAGCUGGUCCUGAACGCAGACAAGUUUCCAGGGGAGCCCCAGCUGGUCCUGGUGGUGCAGGUUCACAACAGGCCCCAGUACCUCCAGCUGCUCAUCAGGUCUCUGCAGAGAGCGGCCGAGGUCGAUGGCCUCCUCCUGAUCUUCAGCCACGACUACUUCUCAGAGGAAAUAAACACCAUGGUGCAGGGGAUAACGUUCUGCAAGGUGCUGCAGAUUUAUUUCCCCUUCAGCAUGCAGCUCUAUCCCAAAGAGUUUCCGGGGCAGGAUCCACGAGACUGCCCCCGAGACGCGUCCAAGGAUGACGCUCGCAGAACAGGAUGCCUGAACGCUGAACACCCCGACUCGUACGGACACUACAGGGAGGCUCGCGUCACGCAGACCAAGCACCACUGGUGGUGGAAGCUGCAUUUUGUGUGGGAACGCGUGCACGCCAUGCAGGGCUACAGCGGUUUCACCGUCUUUCUCGAGGAGGACAACUACAUCCUGCCAGACUUCUUCAGCUUUUACAAGUCCAUGCGAGAGUUCAGAAAGGACAGAUGUCCAGAUUGUGACAUGCUGGCUUUAGGGAACCACAAUGAGCUGCACGACUUCAGCAGCAUGUCCAACAAGGUGUCCACCACUGGAUGGAUGUCCACCAAGCACAACAUUGGCAUGGCCAUGUCCAGGGAGGUGUACUACAAGCUGAUGGGCUGCAGCGACGACUUCUGCACCUACGACGACUACAACUGGGACUGGACACUGCAGCACCUCUCGGGGACCUGCAUAUCAAAGCCCCUCAAGGUGCUGGUGGCCCAGGGCUCUAGGGUUCUGCACACGGGAGACUGCGGUCUUCACCAGAAGGAGAACUGCAGACCGGAGUGGGCCUUAAAGAAGGUUGAGGACAAUCUUCAAAAGGCAAAGCUCGGCCUCUUUCCUCAGGGUCUUGUCUUGAGCGGGUCAGAACCGGUGGAGCACAAGGCACACAUGAAGAACGGUGGAUGGGGAGACGUUCGAGAUCACUCUUUGUGCAAAAACUAUUCCAAACGUCUUUAAAGUGUGCCUUUAUUCU